AUGAUGGAACAAAAAUUUAUGUUGUUUUCAUAUAUUAAAAUUUCAGCGUUUAUACUUUUAACUUGGAUAUGUCACUUUUACAAUAAGGAGAACACUUUAAAAAAUAAUUUGAAUGCAAAAUGCAAACUAAGUAGAAAUUUAAAUAUUAUAAAUUAUCGAUCACUAGCAAAAUAUAAACCGAAUAAGGAUUCAUAUUCUGUAAAAUUUGAAGAUGAAUUGCCACAUAAUAGAGUAAAACAAAAUAAAUGUGUAAUCACUAAUAAAAAAGGAGCAAAUGUAAAACACAAAAUAUCACGUUUAAGUUCAUUAUACAUUGAGGAAUACUGUAAAAAUAAUGAGAAAAAUAAACCUGAUAUACCUAAAACAAAAAAAUAUUCUAAUUUUGAAAAACAAAUAUUUAAAGAACUUGAUUAUAAAGAUUACCUUAAAAACAUCAAGGAAAUUGAAGAUAAGGAAUAUAAAAAAUUAUCACGUAAAAAACGCAGAAUACGAAUUGUUUUCGUUGUAUUAUUUUUCUUAGUAUUGAUUGUACCCAUAUUAGAUCUUUUAUUAGAAUAUUUUGUAACAGAUGGAUUACUGGGUUCAUUAGGUUUGAUAUACUUAAGUAAAAAUAGUGGUUCGGAAUCGGUAGAGGGACUGUUUAGUACCUUGUUCGAUAUAGAUAAAUGGGGUAAUUCAGAUAAAAUACGUGCAUCAACUGUUUUUAUAUAUUGUUUACCUUUCCUAAUAUUUGUUAUCAUAUUUAUAUUAGGAAUGAUUUACUACUAUAAGAAAGUUAUAAAAUAUGAAAAUAUUAAGUUCAAAAAAAAAAUAAAUAAUAAAUAA